AUGCGCCACUUUCCACCGCCCUCGCCACAGGAAAUCAAGACUCCACGCGACUCAAAACCACUGAAGCAUCGUAUUCACGCGUUGCGCACUCUCCCUACAGUUCUCUCGGCUAUUCUUGCGAUCCUACUGCUUGGCAACUUGUCAUCGACAACCCCAGCUUUGCCAAGCUCCUCCGACGUUGAGCCCAAGUUACAAGAACCCCCUUCUCAUAUCAGCGACGAGCCUCCCGAGCAAUUCGUUGCACCGUCUCAUCAACCACCACCUCUUCAUCUGCAACAAAAGAUUAUCAAGUACAAUGGCUCAUCUUGGUUAGAAGAUGAGCGGUCUCUUUCGACCUCGUUUUCCAGCUCAGUUACGCUCGAUGCUGAGUGGAUACUGCUUCCUCCUCUCAAGACUCGACAGCCUAUCUAUUGUUAUUAUGACACGGACAAGCAGGCAACGGUGGAUGAGAGGGAUGCUGAAACCGAGCUGCUCUUGACAUGGCGCCGUGCCUGGUGGGCACAAGGGUUCCGUCCGGUUGUGCUAAGUGCUGCCGAUGCUAUGAAUAAUUCCUUCUAUGACCAAGUACAGCGGAUGCCAUUAACCUCAGAGCUGAGACAAGAUCUCAUGCGAUGGCUCGCCUGGGAUGCUAUGGGUGGAGGCAUACUAUCAGAAUUCACAGUGUUCCCAAUCGUUCCUCAGCAAGACGAAUUGGUACCAUUUUUGAGCACUGGAGUAUUCCCAAGCUUGACGAAAUGGACAGACCUCGACAAUGCAUUCAUCGUUGGCCAAAAAGCUGAUGUACAUUCAGCCCUACAGACUAUUUUACAGAUAGAGCACAUACAUGAAACUACGAGUGUUACGGCAGCUCUUUCGGACACUGCAGUAGCAGUCAAUACUACUAGUAGGCCGCUUGCUUACUAUAGCCCCAACAUUAUCGAAACCAAAUAUGCCAAAGUCAUUCAAAAGGCCGAUAGGGCUGGUACUCUCCGCAAUCUCAACAAACUCAUCAACUAUCAUCUUUUAGUCAUCUGGCAGAACAGCUUCUCUGAGGGUAUCGAAGUCAUGAAGCCCCUUCCAAAGCACGCCACAGCCAUGGUCGCCGGUGCUUGGAAGCUGGCCCAGUCUCUAGCAUCCUGCCCUGAAAGCCCGAUGCUAUCGUCUUGUCCUCCGAAUAUACCGAAAUGCUCUCCCUGCGUGGCAUCCCCCAUGGCCGUCACUGUGCUUCCACGCCUCCGCUUCCACAACUCGCCCGACGUUUUUACAAUUGGGGCAGUUCCGCAUCCCUGGUCUUUUGCAUUAGUGAAUAAUCUCCGAGAAUCCAUCAAUGUCACUUGGAUUCUUGAAUCGCCUCGAGAUACGUGGCUCAGCGCCGUUACUCAAGCUUAUCUCGGCUCUGGCGUAACGUCAAGUCGCAGAGUGGUACAAUUUAAAGAGCUAGUAGCCGGUGAGGCCAACUCUACGCAAUUUCUAUGGCUUCUUGCAGAUGAUGAAAUACCCAGUGAUCUGGAGUGGCAUUUUGGAUUUACCAUUCCCGACAAAGGCAUGGAUGACGGAAAAUCUCUCAGCCCGGUGCCGGCUAUACGCUUGCUCAAGGAUGAAGAAGAGCCAGACAGGGUCAAACAAGUCGCACAUGAACAGGUUCUUCUUGAUCGCGCCAAGCAAGUGGUCAUGAUGAGCAAGCCAUUCAUCAAUGGAACUGAGAUGCGCACUUCACUCGAAGCUUGGAAUAUGGCUGAUACAGAGGCAUGGCGGUUCACACGAGCUUUUCACGCACGCCGCUUUUUGGAACGCGAAGAAUGGGAAAAGACAUAUCGCCAGAGGCGAGGUAUAAAUUAG